GAAAAAAAGAGUUUCUGUCUGAAUUCUACUCCUCUCAGUCAUAAAAGAAACCCUAAUCGCGAAGGGUCGAUCAAUCCAAUCAAAUCGUAUAUCUGCAAAUUUGGGGAUUGUAAAUGACGAUGAUCAAUUACGCCGACGAAGUGCCACUACCGCACCUUAAAAGGAGGAAGAAGAAGAAGACCAAUAAAAGGAGGACGAAUAAGACCAAUAAAUCAUCUCCGUCGUGGUCUUCGUUGCCGGAUGCUCUGGCCCUGAGCUGCGUGGCUCGCCUCACGAGACAGGACUACCUGGCCUUAUCUCUCGUCUCCAAGAGCCACCGCGCUCUCGUAGCUUCCCCUGAGCUCGUCCGCGCGCGAACGCUGAUAGGCUGCACCGAGCCAACCUUCUGCGUUUGCUUACGCAUCUUUCCGGACCUAACCCCAAGCUGGUUCUUCCUCAAUCGUAACCGGCGGCUGAGGCGGAUCCCAUCGAACCCCUAUCAGGCUCCGGAGUCGUCCUCCUUCGUGGUGGUAGAUUGGGGCAUCUACGUAAUCGGUGGAAUCUCAAACGGCAAUCGUCCCACUUCGGAUGUCUGGUUCCUCGAUUGUUUCUCUCGCACAUGGCGUCAAGCCCCGUCCAUGAAGAUGGCUCGUGCUUCCGCCUCGGCAAGUUUUGUAGACGGGAAGAUAUACGUUUUUGGAGGCUGCGACGAUCACUCAAACUGGGCAGAGGUGUUCGAUCCAAAGACCCAAACCUGGAAUCUCUUGUCAGUGCCUAAGAUGCCCCACGGUAUCCACCAAAGUGUGGUGAUAGAGGGGAAGAAGGUUUACGCGGUUGAUGAGGAAGAGUAUCAAAGCUUCUCCUUCUCGCCAAGCGAAUGUAAGUUUUGGACAAGAAACCGUAAAAGAGAUUAUAAGCGUGGAUACAGAAACGAUUGGUGUGCCAUAGGGAAAGUGUUAUUCUGUCGUGGUAGUCGCCGGAGAAUACUUUGGUGUGAACCAGAUAAUGAUUUUGAUUGGAAGGAAGUGAAAGGCUUGGAGGAAGACCUGAAAAAUUCUCUCUCUGGUUCGAGACUGUACUACCAUGGGGCCUUGGAUGCACUGUACAGUAAACCAAUCGAUAUCAAUUAUGAAAUCAGCAGUCUCAGCAGCAACUCUGCUGGGAACAUUGUCAUCUUCUGGAGCGUGCAGCUUGAAAAUCCUAAGCAUUUGGAGCUUUGGUCUGCCGAGAUUUCCGUGGAGAGGCGCGAGGGAGGCGAGAUCUGGGACUGAGGAUGAGUACGGAAGACAAGGGCAGUUAUUGGGCGCUGAAGGUCACAACUACAUGACAUGGGCUGCUAAGAUGUCUAUAGCAACUGAGACUGGUGUCCCGUCGGUCAUGUGCAAAUAAGACGAUGCCCCUGACCCUGUGGUGAGUUCUUUGAUCCGCAUCUGCUUAGAUAAACACAUGCAACGGUUUCUAUUGUCAUUCGUUUGUUCCGAACAAGCCCAUACAAUGUCCAUUGACUUAUCAUCUUCAAAUCCAAAAUAUUUUUAUCCUUUUGAAUUGUAAAAUGUAUCUUUUUAGUUUCACUGAUUUCGGUGGGCCAAUGCAUCAUAGACCAGUUCAGGAUCUGGCUUUUGCGGUUGCACGUUUCAUACAAAAAGGAGGAUCGUUUGUUAACUACUACAUGUACCAUGGAGGGACUAAACUUUAGAGAAGAACAGCCGGAGGUCCAUUUGUCACCACCAGCUAUGACUAUGAUGCUCCAGUCGACGAAUAUGGUUUAAUCAGGCAACCUUAAUAUGGUCAUCUAAAGGAGCUCCGCAAAGCUAUCAAGAUGUGUGAAAAAAUUCUGGUUUCAACUGAUCCCGCUGUUACAUCAUUAGGAAACAAGCAACAGGCUCAUGUAUACUCUUCAGAAUCAGGAGAUUGUUCAGCUUUCGUUGCAAACUAUGAUACAUAAGCGGCAGCAUGAGUACUGCUUAACAACGCUCAUUAUAACUUACCUCCUUGGUCGAUCAGCAUUCUUCCUGACUGUAGAAAUGCAGUUGUUCAAUACUGCAAAGUAUAAAGUUGGAGUUCAAACAUCACAGAUGGAAAUUUUGCCAACAAGCACGGGGAAUUUCCAGUGGCAUAGUUAUUUGGAAGAUCUUUCUUCUCUAGAUGACAGCUCCACAUUCACCACCCAGGGACUCUUGGAGCAGAUAAAUGUCACGCGUGACACAAGCGAUUAUCUUUGGUACAUGACUAAGUAAAAAAAAAAACAAUUUGUUACCUCAUAUGAUGUAAACUUUCCAUUGUGAUUCUCAGAAGUUGCUAGCCAAAUAUGGAAUUUGUAUGUAGUUUUGAUAGUGGCGCAACUGAAUCAUUCUGGCAUGGAGGAUAGCUACAAACUCUCAUUAUUCGAUUCACGGGCCAUGCCGUGCACAUAUUUGUCAAUGGACAGCUUUCGGGUA